CCUUUCAUACAUUGGAGACCACCAGUAGGUUGGAUCCAAUCUCAUAUCACUGCAAAGACCAGCGUCCUUUCAUUCUUCCCAAUUUUGAUCUCCAAUCUGAACUCCUUCACCGAAGUUCAGUCGAUCCAUUGAAGCUCUUUCUCUCUGUCUGUCGAAUUUUCGGCUAUCAUGGGCAUAACUCGAUACCACCACACGUUCCGGGCGCAGGUGACCCCGGCCAGGAUGUUCAAGGCCUUGUUCCUCGACUCGCACAACCUCUGCCCGAAGCUCAUGUUCGCGUCCAUCAGGAACAUCGAGUUCAUCGAAGGCGACGGGGAGGUCGGGAGCAUCAAGCAGGUCAACUUCACCGAAGCUAGUCCGUUGAAGUACAUGAAGCACCGGAUCGACGCGCUCGACAAGGACAAUCUCACCUGCAAGUACACUCUGAUCGAAGCCGAACCGCUGAUGGAGAAGCUCGAGUACGUCACCUACGAGGUCAAGUUCGAGCGAUUCGGCUUCACCGGGUGCAUCUGCAAGCUGACCAGCGAGUACAAAGCCAAAGAGGGCAUUGAGAUCAAGGAGGAGGACAUAGAGCAUGGGAAGGACAGAGCAAUUGGGAUGUAUGAAGUUGUGGAGGCCUACCUCAUGGCACACCCACAUGCCUACGCUUGAGAAAAACCAGAUUUUUGGUUCCUCCCUUUGUUUAUUCUGCAAGUAAAAAGUAAAAUGGUCGCUUAUUGAACAAUUCUUUAAGCAGAUCUGGGUUUGUUUGUUCAUUCAACAGUGUUCUUGUUCCUGAGGUGAGCUCAAGGGGAGUUGUCAUGUGAACUGAGAUUUGAUGAAUCUGGGUUCAGUAUUAUGAGUCAUCUGACUAUGAAUUUUACUCUGCAAUUACUCAA